AUGGCGUCUUCUUCACUGCCGAUUAGGGUUCGAGAAGUCUGGCAACACAACGUCCCCUUCGAAAUCCGUCAAAUCCGAGAAUCGAUUAGUCAAUUCCCCUUCGCCUCCAUCAACAGCGGCGCCGCAAUUCAGCUCUCCGGCGCUCCCCAAUCACCGGAGCAGUUCUACGCCGAAUUGAAGCUCAAAAUCGACGCGGCAAAUGUCGUCCAGAUCGGCCUCACCCUCGCCGACGCCUCCGGAAACCUCCCCACUCUCGGAACCUCCUUCCAGUACAUCUGGAACUUCAAUUUCCUCUCCGAUCGCGACCUCCAUAGCUCGGAAUCCAUCGAUAUCUACAGGCAAGGUAUCGAGUCGAGUUACUUCGCAUUCCUAUUCAAAAUCUCCCUACUCGGCUUCAGUCGGACGCUGACGUGGAUCUCCUUCCAAGGUGCGUUCGAUUUCGGAUUGCUCGUAAGGAUUCUGUCGCAGCGGCCAUUGCCGGAGGAUUCGAUCGGAUUUCGUGAGCUCGUUAGGGUUUACUUUGGGCGGGCAGUUUUCGAUUUGAAGAAACGAUUUCGAUUGGAUUGGGAAUUGGACCGGGCGGCUCGGAGCUUGGGUUUGAACCGGGCGGCUCAGAGCUUGGAGAUGAACCCGGCGGUCGGGCAGAGUCGCCGGACCGGGUCUGAUAGCUUGCUGACUAUGCAGGUUUUUCUUGAAUUGAAGAAAAGAUAUGGUGUUGAAAUUCAAGAUGACAAUUAUGUUGGACUGUCUAAACUGUAA